AUGUCAAGAUCAUUUUUAGUGGAUUCACUCAUAAGCAAUACGCCUAAAGACUUUAGUGCCAAUAAUAAACAUUAUAUCUCGGAACCAACACGUCCAGCUCUUCCUUACCCGUCAAGUUAUAUUAGCAGUUACUUAUUUUCACUCAGUCUUGCACAACAACACCAUCACAUGCAUUUAAAUAAUGGUUUAGUGAGUCCACCGUUUGGUCACCACAAGACUCCAAUUCGUCCAAUAGCAUCAGUACCGCGUGGUUCUCAAGAAUCCGUAAUAAGACAGUGCUCCAUUUCACCUCAAAGGUACUCUGAUGUACCUCAAUCACGGAAGUUAUCAUCGCCAUGUGCAAGUCCUCAUGUUAGUCCUACUGAAGUAUCGGAAAGUCGCCAAUCAACACCAUCACCGCCACCCGACAAUCAUGAUUAUAACAGCAAGGAAUCGUCCAGCACCAAACGGAUUAGAACCGCAUUUACAAGCACACAGUUAUUGGAGCUGGAACGGGAAUUUGCGUCCAACAUGUACUUGUCCAGGUUAAGGAGAAUAGAAAUCGCAACUUGCUUGAGGUUAUCCGAAAAGCAAGUGAAAAUCUGGUUUCAAAAUCGUCGCGUAAAAUAUAAAAAGGAAGAGUUACCGGGAAUGGUAAAUGGAACACCACCCACGCCGAAGUGUUUCUGCCUUAGAACUUGCAGCAGCACCAGAAAGUCCAAAAAUUCAGGUUCCACAUGCAGCGACAUGGACAUAGACGUGAUGCACACAGACGACGAAUUGGUUCAUAAUUAAGUAAGCGAGAAAGAAGUAUACCUAGUGUUACAGAUAAUAUUUUAUAGUUUAAUACCAAAGUUUAAUAAGAUCAA